AUGAAGGUGGAUGGGGACCACACAGGCAAAGAUGACCUGCCAAGCAAGUCUCCAGAACAGCAGGUGAAGGGCGGUGGGAACGGGGAGAACCACGGCCUGGCAGGCAACCUGGAUGGAGACGGGGCCCGGGGCCCUGGAGCUGCAGGUAAACAACAACAGGAGAGGGAGGCUCCUCGGGAGCCCUUGGGGAACCAGCCGUCUGGAGCAGACCAGCGCGGAGAACAGGUGAAGCAGGCAGAUGGAGAUAUUUGUCAGGAUGAGAAGGACUCUGGUGAGAAUGACAGUGGAAAGCCAAGGCAGCAGGAAAGCUCCAGACUACUGCAGUGCUCUGAGAGAGACAGUGACAAGAAGCCAGUGGAACCUCAAGGGCCUGGACCCUUCUUUUUCAUUGGAGGGGGAAAUGGGGCCCCCAUAGUGGCUGCAUACUGUGAGAACAAAGGCUGGCAACGCAUUUAUGACAAGACACGGGAGGACUACAAGCUGAAAUGGUGUGAGAUCAGAUCAAUGGCAAUUUACUAUAACUUCAAGGAGGGUGAGCAGUUGCUGUACCAGAUCCCAAACAAUAAGGUCCUGACUUCCAAGAUCGGACUGCUCAACAGCCUAAGGGAAUAUGACAGGGUCAGCAGCAAGGUGAACCGUGGCAGAGGGCUCAGAAGCCUGAAGAUGGAUGAGUUCUUUCCCGCCACUUUCCGUAUGGACGUGAAGGAUGAGAGAGAAGCUUUUUUUGCUCAGCAGGAAAGUAACAACGUGUGGAUCUGCAAGCCCACAAACCUGAAUCAGGGCCGGGGCAUCUUCUUGCUGCGAUCCCCGGAGGAGAUCAGCGCCUUACGGGCCCGGCUGCAGAGCAGCGCCGACAACCAGAGCGGCAGCAAGUACUCUUUCCGUGUCCCACAGGCACGAAUCGUCCAGAAGUAUGUGCAGAGCCCACUGCUCCUGAAAGGCAGGAAAUUUGAUGUGAGGUCCUACCUGCUCAUUGCUUCCACGUCGCCAUACAUGGUGUUCUUCCGCCACGGCUACAUUCGCCUUACAUGUGACCUUUAUGACCCUAACUCUACUAACCUCUCAGCUCACUUGACGAACCAGUACAUGCAGAAGAAGAACCCGCUGUACAGCAAACUGAAGGAGGAAACUGUGUGGUCAGUCGAACGGUUCAAUGAAUACGUUAAUGAGAACUUCAAGGCUAAGGGGCUUCCCAAGGAUUGGGUGAACGGGGCCUUCGCUCGGCGCAUGCAGCAGAUCAUGAUGCAGUGCUUCAUGGCGGUCAAAGCCAAACUGGUGCGCAAACUGGGAUUCUUUGACCUGAUUGGCUGUGACUUCCUGAUUGAUGAGGACUUCAAGGUGUGGCUGCUUGAGAUGAACUGCAACCCAGCUCUUCACACCAACUGUGAGGUGCUAAAGGAAGUUAUACCAACCACUGUGACGGAGACUCUGGACCUGUCUCUAGAGAUCUUUGAGAAGUGCCGCUGCAGGAUGAAGCUGCUGCCCCUGGCCAGUCAGAGAGACUUUGUGCUCCUGUACCAAGACGAGGGCCCAACGCCCAUCUGGAAGAGCAAGGCAGCCCCGUCUCUCCAGUCGCAGUCACCAAAGAGCUCCACGGCCCAGUGGAACACCAGCACCAAGGCUCAGAGGUCUGCUGUGUUGAACAGAUCCUCGGGAGAGAAGCCAGAAAGUGGCGGUUCGGCUUCUUCAGUUUGCCCGGAUACCUCCGCAAGCUCCAGCCCUUGUGUUUCCUCCUCCGCCCUUACCUGCACGGCUCUACGGGCCAAACCCCCAGCCCAGGCCUCAGAGACGGCGGUGAACCAGAGACCUCUCGAUGGCAAGCCACGCGAGCCACACCCCCGACGCCAAGUCCGCCCGUCCAAGCCAGCCCCGGUGCGCGUGGAGCUCCGGGUCAACACGUACACCUGGCAACAGCCGCAGACGGCAGCACGGGACGCCAGCCGCGCGAAGUGCAGCGUCAUAUCGCUGUCCGUGCCCUCGGUGGGCGAGGCCGUGCUGGUUCCCAAGCGCCAGCCUAUGCCCUACCCCAGGGAGGCCACCAAGGACAGGAGGGAGGCACCAGACCUGAAGAACGUCAGCCUGAGGCUGGCCCAGCUGCAGCCGAGUCAGACUGCCUGUUUAGGGGGGCAGGAGGCAGGCGAGGCAAAGCGCACAGACAGGAAGAGGAUCAGGCCAAGAGACAAACUUAAGACCUCAGGGAAGACCUGACAACCUCGCGAGUAUGAGGUUGUCAUUGGACACAACUAGCACCAUGAACUACAUUGUUCAUCUGUGCUGCUUUGGUACUGUAGUGUUCAUGAAACUGCAAUAAUGUUUUAAAGACAAAUUAACUAAAUAAAGUAUUUAUUGUCUGACCCUCAAA